UGAAGGUACAGCUGAUGGUUGUGGUGUAUCUCUUGAAUAUUUUCUCUCUGAACUAUCUGAUGAUGAUCUUUCCUCUGGUUCUUGGUCUAGUUCUGCCAAUGCUGCUGUUGCGUUUGCUGUUGCAACCGCAGGUUCUAGCAACCCAAGGGAUCUACCACAGGGACGAGAUGAUUCCUUCCGAGCCGCAGCGCGACGGAAGAUGUCAAUUACCAGCAGUGCUGCCACCAUGCGGGUACUUUCUGUACUUCGCCACUGGGUCACUAAGCAUGCACAGGAUUUCGAAGGAAACCUUCAGUUGAAGAAUUUAACGAUAGAAUUCUUGGAGGAUAUUGUGUGUACUCCUACUCUACUCCCUGCAGAACAUAAGAGGCCGAGCAAGGAUAAUAUAAGCUCUCUGAGUGCUCUGGAGAUAGCGGAGCAGAUGACCUAUUUUGACCAGAAGAUACUCUUUGCUAUCGGAAGCGAAGAGUUCCUCGGUCAGGCCUGGAUGAAGAAAAACAAGGAGGAAAAAGCCCCAAAUAUUUGUUUAAUGACGGAAAGAUUUAAUGAUAUGUGUCGUCUCAUCGUUUCAGAAAUCAUCAGUAGUCCAUGCUUAACUAGUAGGGUGGACCGAAUAGAGAAAUGGACCGCUGUGGCUGAUAUAUGUAGAUGUUUACAUAAUUUUAAUGGAGUACUACAGGUUUGCGCUGCCUUCACUAACGCCUCUGUAUUUCGUUUAAAGAAAACUUGGGAAAGAUUAUCUAAAACGACGAAGGGAACAAUAGAUAAACUGCAGAAUAUGGUUUCUAGUGAUGGGAGACAUAGAAAUCUGAGAGACGCUCUUCAUAGAUGUGACCCACCCUGUAUCCCAUACCUGGGUAUCUAUCUAUCAGAUCUUACAUUUAUUGAUGAAGGAACACCAAACUUUACUGAAAACGGUCUUCUUAACUUUGCUAAGAUGAGAAUGAUUGCUCAUGUUAUUCGCGAAGUAAGAAACUUCCAACAAACUCCAUACAAGAUAGAUCCUAUACCUAAAGCUGCAGGAUACCUUUUAGACGCUUCUCUUAGGUUUGGAGAUGAUGAGCUGUAUCAGAGAUCACUUCAGAUAGAACCCAGAGUCACUACAAGACUUUCCGUUAGUUAUACAUCAACCUCACCCUUAGUCAACCCUUCAUCAUCUCAUCAACCUCGGCUUUAAUCCACAUUGAACAUCAACCUACUCUCUAAUCCACCAGAUUAAACAUCAACCUAGUCUGUAAUCCACAAGAUUAUACAUUAAACUAGUCUGUAAUCCACAAGAUUAUACAUCAACCUCAUCUGUAAUCCACCAGAUUAUACAUCAACCUCAUCUCUAAUCCACCAGAUUAUACAUUAAACUAGUCUGUAAUCCACCAGAUUAUACAUCAAACUCAUCUCUAAUCCACCAAUUUAUACAUCAGCCUAGUCUAUACUCCACCAGAUUAUACAUCAACCUAUUCUAUAAUCCACCAGUUUAUACAUCAGCCUAGUCUAUAAUCCACCAGAUUAUACAUUAAACUCGUCUAUAAUCCACCAGAUUAGUCUUAGCCUCUGAAAAAUCAACCUUAACCUCUGGUCUACCAAAUUAACCACGGCCAAUAAUCUACCAAAAGAAUAUUUCUUUAAAUACCUUCUUCUCUAUUCUGGCUCUAACCUGUAUAUACUGUACAUGCUGUACAUAAAUAAAUAUAGUGUACUGUACUGAACUGACAGUACUGUACAUGUACCACUAGUCCUGGUACCUGUGUAAGGUUUAAAUAUUACAUCUAGUCAAACCAAAAGUCUUUUGAUAUGUUACUUUUUCACAUUUAAUCUGGGUACUAGUAUUAAACUUACAAAUUAAAGAUGAAACUGCUUCUCAUUUUCUUUUACAAUUAAAAAAUAAUUGAAAAUGCAUUUUAAGUUAAAAUAUCAAGUAUUUUUAAGAAAUUUUUCG